GCCCGCCAGCCGCACGGCCCGGCCCCCGACGGCCGCGCGCUGAGAUGACUUUCCGUGACAUUCUGAGCGUCAGUUUCGAAGGAUCCCGCUCGGACAGCGGCUCCGGGGGGACCGGCUCGAGCCCCAGUGCGGGCGGCGCAGGCGGCGCGGUCGCUUCGGAGGGCCCGGCGGUGGGCAGCGUGCCAGGUGCCACGGGCGGCGGCGGCGGCGUGGUGGGCACGGGCAGCGGCGAGGAAAACGGCAGCUCGGCCGGGGAGCCGGGGGGCUCAGGCGCGGGCGGCGAGGUGAACUGCACGGCGGCGGCCGUCGGGGGCCUGGUGGUGAGCGCGCAGGGCUUAGGAGUGGGUGUCUUCCUGGCUGCCUUCAUCCUGACCGCCGUAGCGGGCAACCUGCUGGUCAUCCUCUCCGUGGCCUGCAACCGCCACCUGCAGACUGUCACUAACUACUUCAUCGUCAACCUGGCCGUGGCCGACCUGCUGCUGAGCGCCACAGUGCUGCCCUUCUCUGCCACCAUGGAGGUCCUAGGCUUCUGGGCCUUUGGCCGCGCCUUCUGCGACGUGUGGGCCGCUGUGGACGUGCUGUGCUGCACCGCCUCCAUCCUCAGCCUCUGCACCAUCUCCGUGGACCGGUACGUGGGCGUGCGCCACUCACUCAAGUACCCGGCCAUCAUGACCGAGCGCAAGGCCGCUGCCAUCCUGGCGCUGCUGUGGGUGGUGGCCCUCGUGGUGUCCGUGGGGCCCCUGCUAGGCUGGAAGGAGCCGGUGCCCCCGGACGAGCGCUUCUGCGGCAUCACCGAGGAGGCAGGCUACGCCGUCUUCUCCUCGGUGUGCUCCUUCUACCUGCCCAUGGCCGUCAUCGUGGUUAUGUAUUGCCGCGUCUAUGUGGUGGCGCGCAGCACCACCCGCAGCCUCGAGGCGGGCGUCAAGCGCGAGCGGGGCAAGGCCUCCGAGGUGGUGCUGCGCAUCCACUGUCGCGGCGCAGGCACCAGCACCGCCGACGGAGCGCACGGGACCCAGGUAGCGCGCAGCGCCAAGGGCCACAACUUCCGCAGCUCCUUGUCUGUGCGUCUGCUCAAGUUCUCCCGCGAGAAGAAAGCAGCCAAGACCUUGGCCAUCGUCGUGGGCGUCUUCGUGCUCUGCUGGUUCCCCUUCUUCUUCGUUUUGCCACUUGGUUCCCUGUUCCCGCAGCUGAAGCCCUCGGAGGGCGUCUUCAAGGUGAUCUUCUGGCUGGGCUACUUCAACAGCUGCGUGAACCCCCUCAUCUACCCCUGCUCCAGCCGCGAGUUCAAGCGCGCCUUCCUGCGCCUCUUGCGCUGCCAGUGCCGCCGGCGCCGGCGCCGUCGUCCGCUCUGGCGCGUCUACGGCCACCACUGGCGGGCCUCGACCAGCGGCCCGCGGUCCGACUGCGACCCCGGCCCGGGCUGCGAGCUCCCCGGGGCCCCGCUGGCCCUCGCCGCGCCCCCGGCCCCCGGCUCCCCGGGCACGCCCGAGCCGCAGGCCACCACCCCGGACGGAUGGAAGCCUCCGUGUGGCCUCAGCGAAUGGAGGCUGCUCGGGCCUCUCCGGGGACCCACCACUCAGCUGCGGGCCAAGGUGUCCAGCCUGUCGCACAAGAUCCGCUCCGGGGGAGUGCAGCGCGCCGAGGCCGCGGGUGCCCCGCGCACCGAGGUGGAGGCCGUGUCCCUGGGCGUCCCGCACGACAUGGCCGAGGGCACUGCCUGCCAGGCCUGUGACUUGGACUACAGCAACCUCCGAGAGACUGAUAUUUAAGGGACCCUGAGCAAGGCGGGGAAUGUGCUGGGGGCGGAGCUAGGGCC